CACAGAUCUUUGCAGACUCAUUGUCUCCCUCUUUUCUCCUCCUCCGCAGAUCAUUGGAUUAAGAGAGACCUCCAUACCAAGAUAUUGUCAAUAUUGGUCCUGGGGUGAAACUACACGUCGUGGUCAAGUUCUCGAAGCUGAUGGGGAGAAAGCUAUUGUUUAGUUCUAGGUUGGUGGCCACUUGUGUCUUUUUGGGAUGUUGCUUUUUGGUUACGCCCAUGCUUUCUGUAGGAGUAGCUUCUGAAUUGAGUUACUCUAAUGGGCAUAAGAAUCCAAAAGAGGUUAGUGAGGCAGUUCAAUUCACGUUGAACAGAAAACCUAAGAUUUUACUCCAGUGGACCCCUCAUGCUUCUCACAAGAUUAAGCUAGCUGUGAGAGGAGAUUUUCCAAAAGCAUCUGGUGACUACAAGUGGCUUAGCUCAGAUAUGAGGAUUGUGUAUGUGUCAUCCUAUGGAAAGAGGCCUGGAAUAGCCAUUGUGAAGACUGUAUCGAAUCGUGAUCCUCAGAAUUUUGAUGAGAUUCUUGUCAGAGUUUUCGCAAGCCACGAUAAUGUAAGCUGUGAUAUGAUCCUAGAGCCCAUACUGAACAAUGACCAGCUCGAGCCAAACUGUAUCUUGAAACCAAACCUUAUAUCCAUGGAUUGCAUUGACAUGACCCUCCUAGUAUACUCUCCCGUCGGUGGUAUCAUUGCUAUACUAUUACAUUAUUUUUGUGUUUUUCGACACAGUUGCUAUGUUAUGCAUGAUAAGUGCCAUCGUUCUAGAAGACGGUCCAGACGGAUGUCUAUACGGCACAUAUAUAGGCGCUAAGCAGCUACAGAUCAUAAUAUUAUUUUGAAGAUGUUGAAAUAAAGUUAUCGAGUAGAGUUAUUCCUCCUCCAUUUUAUUUAAAUAACGUUAUUAGAUUUGUAAGUUGUUAUACACUACAUUUUAAUUUGUCAAGGUGUUAUUCAC